CUCAUAUACAAAAGAGAAAAGCGAGAAAAUUCUCUUUUAUUUCCUAAACCCUGGAUGCAAUACCAACAGCUAUUUUGUUCCCCAGGAAAAAUAAAGACUGCAGAAAUGACAAGGAUCUCAGUUUCUGGGAUCCUAGUUGCUGCUAUCUUCACCUUCUGCACCAGUAUGGGACAGGAAGCAGGCAACACUUUCACAGAGAAAGGUCUCUCCUUGCUGGGCUACCAUUUAUGCAAUUAUAGUGUGACCAAGCAUGUGUCUAAAAUGGUUGCCUAUCAAAAGUCAUAUGAGAAGCAAACUCCAUGUGGAGGAUGGAUUCCUUGGAGAGUUUGCACCAAAACUUAUUACAAAGAAGAGUAUCACACAAUCACAGUCCCAGAGCCUAUGAACAUAACAGAAUGCUGUGAAGGAUAUGAACAAGUCGGUCUCUAUUGUUCUUUACCCUUAAACAGAUCCAGUGAAUUUGCCUCAGCAUUUGGUGUAUGCCCAAAGGAAGUGGAAGAGUUAAACGAUUCCUGUACAAUUGAUAAGGAUUGUCCAGAACAUAAAAAAUGCUGUAAGACAUCUAAAGGGAUGAGUUGUUCAGACCCUGUUCCUGAAGAGCAAACUGUGGCAACAUACUGGUAUAAUGUAUCAGUCCUGGUGAAAAUGGAUUUCAAAGAAUUAAUCAGAGUGGACCCAAGACUUCUGGAACAUUCACGCCUUUUGCACUCUAUGAUUACUGGAGCGUUGUGGCCCUUAAAUGUCUCAGUAUACCACAUCCAGACUACUCAAGCAGAACUCUAUGCUGAGACAUUAACGUCUCAGGUUCUGAUUGGCCUGCAACAGCCUAUUCCAUUGGUGAACCUAUCAUCUUUGUUGAAGGACAUUGUGAUGCGAGUGUAUGAAGUUAUUGACAUAGAUGUUCAAGAAGUAAAUGUCCUUUUCCAUUGUGAUAAGUCUCUUGCGUAUGCUAUUACAGAUCCUUCUGCCAUCAUGGAACACAAGAUCUUCAGUGUUACUAGCAGCAGUUUUGAAGUGUCUUGGACCGUAGAGCCUUUGCUGAACCGUACAUUCCAAAUAGAAGUGUACAAAGGCAAAGAGUUGAUUCAAGCAAUGGAAACCACUAAUAUGACACUGUAUGUUUUUGGAUUGGAAGCAGGCAUAAUGUACACUGUGAAGAUCAACUAUGAAGCUUGUGGCAAAGGCAUUGUAUCAUAUAGAAAUGUGAAGACUGAUGCGUUGAUAUUUGGUGUUACAAUAAGGAUCCUGAACUAUAACUUCACAGAGCAGUUCUUAAAUUCCAGCACCAAAGAAUAUCAUGGAUUUUUCAGCAUUUUGAUGACAGAGAUUGAAAAAUCAUUUCCUUCAAAUCUGCUUGCAUUGUACAAGAUGGGGAAACUGAAAGUGCAAAUGGACUCUAUUAAAGCUGGAAGUAUCAUUGUGAAGCUUAGAAUGAUAAUAGAAGACCCACAAUUUCCAAAAGAUUUGUCUGUGUUUGACCAGAUGGUUUCAUCAGUGCACAAAAGUACUGUGCUUCAUGUUGACCCACAGAGCUCUGUAGUGGAAGACUGGGAUGAAUGUGCACAUAGGACAGAAAAUGACUGCUGUGUUUUUGCAGAAUGUAUCAAUACAAUAGGCUCAUAUGUGUGCAGAUGCAGGACAACCACAGAUGCCAAUCCCUCCCAACCUGGAAGGAACUGUGAAGGUGAAAUUGUAGAUCCUGUCUCAGAAAGGAUACCUGUAUUUGAAUCUGAAGGACUGUCUGUGACAAGUGCCAGUUCUAUAUAUGAGGCAGAAAUAAAGACAUUGACUUCUAAGCACAGUGAGGCAGCUACUUUGCCAAUUGUACUGCCAUCAAGUGAUGCUCAAGAGUCAAACACAUCUACAAUGAACAAAAUGGUACUAGCAUCACAGAGAGUCAACACUUCUGGGUCUAUCACAAAUAAUAACACUCUGAGCAUCUCUGAAACACCACUUCAAGUAACAGAACAGUGGGCCAGCAUAACUACACCAAGUGAAAACUUAGCUGAACAGAGAUCAACUACUCAAGAACAGCAUGGCUCUUCUUUGUCAAUAUUGCCUGCAGUAUCAAACACCACAGUUUAUGCUCAAGGAAAUGAGUCAUUAGGAGAGACAAGCAAGUCUGGUCUCUUACCUGAAGGAAGUACGUGGAAAAUUCCAACUUCAGCCCUGUAUGUUACAGAGCACCCCCCACUUCUAAAUCAUACAGUUGAUAAGAAACUCUUCGUCAACAACUCUUCAUCAGAGAAGAAAUCACGUUCGUUGUUGCGAGCUUCUUCUAAGGAGCAGUCACCAUCUUCUACAAUUGGCUCCUCAGCCACAAACUGCAGUGUACCUCCUCCAGUUGAAAGGGCUGUUUUUUCCAAUGUCACCAGUACUGGCUUUCAUGUUGUUUGGACUACAAGUUAUACACAAAAUCCUGGUUUCCAGUUUCUGCUACUUGAUGGAGAAAAGCUUAUACAGAAGGUUAAGACCCAAAGCAACAACCUAACUGUUUCUGGAUUGGAACUGGGGGUCCUGUAUACUGUUCAAAUCAAGACAGAUGUUUGUGAAAAGAACAGUAAACCAGCACAGUGGAAAAUAAAGACAGCUGCCCAGAAAUUUAGUGGAACGGUCAGGAUAACAAAUCUGAAUUAUAGUUCAGGGUUCAGCAAUUCAAGUAGUGAAGAGUACCAAAAUUUUACACAGCUGUUUCUCACUGAGGUCCACACCCACUUGCCACUUGACAUUCUUCAACAAGUGACUGCUGGGACAAUUAAACUGUUGAUAACAAGUGUUUCUAAUGGAAGCGUAGUCGUAAAUUUUGAUCUCCUGGUAGCAUCAGGCAUGGAUGCAAGCAAUGUUUCUAGAUGUUUCCUUAAUGCUUUUCAACAUAGCCAUUGUUUUAUAAUUGACAACAGCAGUCUCUCCAUACGUGAUUAUGAUGAGUGUGACAGAGAAGAAACAGAUUGUUCUCCUAAUGCAUCUUGCAAUAAUACUUAUGGAUCUUACGAAUGCAGCUGCAAAGAAGGAUUUUCCAAUGUAAAUGCUGAGAGACCUGGAAGAAACUGUGAAGGUAUUCAUGGAAAGCACUGGAACAGAACAGUUGUGCCUUCUGUAUAUUCAGAUACUUUUACCAAUAUACCUUCGUCAGCUAAAGAGGAUUCUUUCAGAACCUUAACAAAUACAACCACCGGAACAGAAGUUACUAAAGUACUACAACCAAGGCUAAGUGACCAUAGUUCAGCUCAAGUCUCUUCCUUACCUACAACUAAAUCUGUCCAGGAGAUUGCCAUUAAGAAUGCAGUUCGAGUGGUAUGUGAGAUUGAAAAAAUUGUCAUCACCAUUCAGAAACUCUUUCUGCAACAGGAAGCUAUCCCAGAAUCCUCCCUGUACUUAGGAGAGCGGCACUGCAAUGUGAGCAUCAGCAAUUCCAGCCAUGUCAUCCUUCAGACUGGGUGGAAUGAAUGUGGAACUGAAGUACACACUAAUACAACACAUACCAUAGUGAAAACAGUUCUCCGGAAUGAUAUGUCUGCUCUGGGGGUCAUCCACCACUUAAAGGUUGUUAGUCCAGUUCAUUGUGUAUUUCAGAAUGAUCUCUUGGCUUCAUCUGGAUACACUCCAGAGGGGGUUUAUACCAUUUUUGAAGAUUUACAUGGAUCAGGACACUUUUUAACAGAAAUGCAGCUCUUCAUUGGAAAUUCUCCAAUUCCCAAAAACUUCAGCAUCUCUGCUAGCGAUGACAUAAUGAUUGAAGUGGGAAUUCGGAAAGAGGACAGCAAGCUCAAGGUGGUUGUCAGCGAAUGUUGGGCAACUCCAAGUAAUAACUCCAUGGAUCAUAUAUCAUUUCCUUUUAUCCAUGGCAGUUGUCCAGUUCCAAGCACGCAUACUGCUAUUACUGCGAAUGGGAUUUCCAGCAAAGCCCAAUUUAAGCUGAAAAUAUUUUCCUUUGUGAACAACUCAGUGGUUUAUUUACACUGCAAAAUCCAUAUUUGUGUGGAAAAUCUGGGAAGUACUUGCAGGACGAACUGCAAAGGUGUCCGUUCUUGGAGGACUGGGGAAACUAUUGCAAUGCCCCAUACAUCCUGGGGGCCUCUGCGCAAAGCCAGUGAUGGUUUAAAUGAAGAAAAGAAGCCUGGCUUAGGAGUAGGCUACAUUGUCCUUAUUGUCAUUGGUGUAUUUGUUCUUGCGCUGGGAAUAGCAGGUCUUUUGGUUUUCCGAUACCAACGAAAAGCUGGAGCAUAUAACUUCCAAAUCAAGUCUGACAAUUUUAGCUACCAAGUGUUCUAUGAGUGAAUGCUUCAAUUUCACUGCAGUUGGAGACAUUCUACAAAUAUCAUUUCCUGUAUAUGAUGCCAGGCUUGUUGCAUCAAGCUAAAGCUGUCCACAAACAGAAUGAUGUAUUUCCUGGUCUUGUCAUCAGUCUUCUAA